AUGUUGUUAAAGCUUGGUUCUGUGACAACAGUAGUUGUUUCUUCUCCUGCAAUGGCAAAAGAAAUUCUUCAAAAACAUGAUCAGUCUUUUUCUAGUCGAACAAUCUUGGAAGCAAUUACGGUGUUCGAUCACCAUAAAGUUUCAAUGGUAUGGUUACCUGUUUCUCCUCAAUGGCGUAAUCUUAGACAAUUUACAAAUUCGCAUAUCUCCACUAGUCAAAGACUUGAUUCAAUAAAAAGCCAAAAGUUGGAUGAUCUAUUCACAUACAUUUGUCAAAGUGCAAGCUCCAGUUCCGUGGUUGAUAUUGGUCAUGUUGCUUUUACUACUGUUCUUAAUCUAUUAUCAAAUAGUUUUUUCUCUAUUGAUCUAGCUGAUUAUUAUUCAUAUUCUACAUUUGAGAUCGCGCUUAAAGAAGUGGUAUUGCAAGCUGCAAAACCUAAUCUUUCUGAUUAUAUUCCUAUAAUAAGCUUCAUGGAUGUGCAAGGUAUUAAACGCAAUAUGAGAAAUUAUGCUAGAAUAAUGGAUGGCACAUUUGGUAAAAUAAUAGAGCAAAAAUUGGAGCUUGCUAGAGAGGGGAAGAGUACUAACUCUGCUGACUUGCUUGAUAUAAUUCUUGAUGCAUGCCAUGAAAACGUUAUUGAGCUUCAUCGUCGGGAUAUAAACUCUUUACUUAAGGUUAGUACUAUAUUUUCUUUUCUCCGUGGUCUUGUUAGCCGGUAUAAAUUAAUUUAG